AUGGUUUCAGUUAUAGACAAGCUUGUUUUUGACUUUGGUGGGAAAACUCUGGUCUCUCUCGCACCAGAUAAUAAUACUUUGUGUGUAGCCAAUAAAAAUGGCUUAACCAAGAUUCUGAAGACAAAUAACCCAGAAGAAGAGCCAGAGACUUUAGAUUCUUCCAAAUUGGUCUCGUCUAUAAAAUGCUAUUCAAACUCGCACUUUCUGAUGACUACAAUGCAAGGUGAUGCUCUUAGGUAUAACAUCGAUUCUAGUCAAGAAGAAUUAUUGGCUAGAUUUGCUUUACCCCUACGUGACUGCUGUGUUAUUCAUUCAGGUAAAAUGGCCGUAUUUGGAGGAGACGACUUAGAACUAAUCCUUUUGGAAUUGGACGAUGAAACACACAAAAAACAUGCCAUUAAAAUCGAUGAACAAGUUUCUCAAAUUUCUUACAAUUCACAGAUGAAUAUUUUAGCAGUUUCAAUGAUAAAUGGUAAGGUACAAAUUUUUUCUCUGACAUCUACUAUUCCAAACAAAGUUCAUGAGUUAAAUGAUUACAUAGUGGCCAAUUCAUAUGAUGAUACACACAGAGAUAAGAUACUCUCGAAUAUGAUGGAUGAUAUAGAUAAAGACAAUGAUAAUGACCUGAGUGAAACGGCUGAUCCAGAUGAGAACAAUGUAGCUGAUCCAGAAUUCUGUGCUGCUAAUAGAAUUUGCACGAGAGUGGCUUGGCAUCCGAAGGGUCUGCAUUUUGCGCUACCAUGUGCAGAUGAUACAGUAAAAAUAUUCUCUAUAAAGGGAUAUUCCCUACAAAAGACGUUGUCCACAAAUCUCUCAUCAACAAAGGCUCAUUUCAUUGAUUUGCAAUUUGACCCGUUACGUGGAACUUACAUUGCGGCAGUAGAUUUAAAUAAUAAGUUAACGGUAUGGAAUUGGGAAACUUCCGAGAUCCACUACACCAGGGAAUUCAAAAGAAAAAUUACUAAUAUUGCCUGGAAAAUCCAAGCGGACUCAAAAACUCUAGACCUUGUUUUAGGUACCUGGUCCGGUAGUAUAGCCAUUGUCCAAAAUUUGGCAGAGUCCGUAGUAUCUAAUAUACCUGACCAAUCUGUUGCUGAAUCUUCAACUAAACAUGGGCUUUUUGUAGACUCCGAAUCUGACUUGGAAAACUUAGAGGGAAAUGAUGAUAUAAACAAAAGCGAUAAGCUAUUUUCAGAUAUUACUCAAGAAGCGAAUGCGGAAGAUGUGUUCACUCAAACACACGACGGCCCCAGUGGAUUAAGUGAAAAGAGAAAAUACAACUUCGAAGAUGAAGAAGACUUUAUUGAUGAUGACGAUGGUGCUGGUUAUAUUAGUGGCAAAAAACCACAUAAUGAACAUUCUUAUUCGAGAGUACACAAGACUCAUUCGUUUCCAAUCAGUUUGGCAAACACAGGAAAAUUUCGUUAUAUGCCUUUUUCUCCAGCGGGAACACCUUUUGGCUUUACUGACAGGCGUUAUUUGACAAUGAAUGAAGUGGGCUACGUAUCUACUGUCAAGAAUAGUGAGCAAUACAGCAUAACUGUCUCUUUUUUUGAUGUUGGACGUUUUAGAGAAUACCAUUUCGAGGACUUAUUUGGCUACGAUUUAUGCUUCCUAAAUGAAAAAGGCACUUUAUUUGGCCAAUCCAAAACUGGGCAGAUACAAUAUAGGCCACACGAUAGCAUACAUUCAAACUGGACCAAGAUUAUUCCUUUGCAAGCUGGUGAGAGAAUAACAAGUGUGGCAGCCACCCCGGUUCGCGUUAUUGUUGGUACAUCAUUAGGCUAUUUCAGAAGUUUCAAUCAAUUCGGGGUUCCAUUUGCUGUUGAAAAGACAUCCCCAAUUGUAGCGCUUACUGCUCAGAAUUAUAGGGUUUUUUCAGUACAUUAUUCGCAGUUUCAUGGCCUUUCAUACUCUUUAUCUGAAUUGGGUACUUCUAGUAAAAGGUACUAUAAAAGAGAGUGUCCACUUCCAAUGAGUUUACCAAACAUUAAUUCUGAUAUGAAAAAAGACGCAAAUCUUGACUACUACAAUUUUAAUCCGAUGGGCAUCAAAAGUUUGUUCUUUUCAAGCUACGGAGAUCCAUGCAUUUUUGGGUCCGACAACACGCUUCUAUUGUUAUCAAAGUGGAGAUCACCAGAAGAAAGUAAAUGGCUCCCUAUUCUAGAUAGCAACAUGGAAAUAUGGAAGAUGUCAGGAGGGAAGGAAACGACAGAUAUACAUGUCUGGCCCUUGGCUUUGGCGUAUGACACAUUGAAUUGUAUCUUAGUUAAGGGCAAGCAUAUAUGGCCCGAGUUUCCCCUUCCGUUGCCAUCCGAAAUGGAGAUUAGAAUGCCAGUAUUUGUUAAGAGUAAAUUACUAGAGGAAAACAAAGCUAUAUUAAAUAAAAAGAACGAAAUUGGAGCUGACACCGAAGCGGAAGAAGGGGAAGAAGACAAAGAAAUACAGAUUCCUGUUUCUAUGGCGGCGGAAGAAGAGUAUCUGCGCAGCAAGGUUUUGUCAGAGCUGUUGACAGAUACACUCGAAAAUGACGGUGAAAUGUACGGCAACGAAAAUGAGGUAUUGGCAGCAUUGAACGGUGCAUAUGAUAAGGCUUUGUUACGUUUAUUUGCGUCUGCAUGCUCAGACCAAAAUGUUGAAAAGGCUCUUUCGCUUGCUCAUGAAUUAAAACAAGAUAGAGCACUUACUGCAGCCGUUAAGAUAUCAGAAAGAGCUGAGCUGCCCUCUCUCGUUAAAAAAAUUAAUAAUAUAAGGGAAGCUAGAUAUGAACAGCAAUUGAAAUAA